UAUCAGUCAGAGCCUGUGCUGCACUGAGAAGAACACAGCCUUUGACAAUUUCUCCUGACUUAUAACGUUUUUUAUACAGAUCCAUCGCAAUGUGUACUGGGAAGUGUGCACGGUUAGUGGGGCUAAUUCUUCUGUCCUCAGCUUUUUUGUGUAUAAUAGCCAAUAUACUUCUAUUCUUCCCUAACGGAGAACAGUUGGAAACUGGCCAGAUUUCCCUUCAAGUCUGGCUUAUGGGAGGUGUUCUUGGUGGAGGACUAAUUAUGAUGUGUCCAAGCUGCUCAGCCAUCAGAGCCGGGGGCAAAGGCUGUUGCGGGGCAGGUUGUUGUGGAAACCGUUGUCGUAUGCUGAAUUCUGUUUUCUCUUCUGUAUUUGGCAUUGUUGGGUCGGCCUACUGUGCCUGUGUUGCCAUUGCAGCACUUUCUGUUGGGCCACUAUGCCAAGUCGAGAGUGGUAAAUGGGAAUAUCCCUUUGAGGACACGGCAGGGAACAGCAGUUACCUGGGGGAUGAGACUACAUGGUCCAAGUGUGUCUUUCCCGAGAAUGUGGUUCUCUGGCACAUCGUGCUGUUCUCCAUACUUUUGGGUCUGUCUCUGAUCCAGAUGAUACUCUGUGUCAUUCAGGUUGUGAAUGGAUGUGUAGGCUGCCUCUGUGGAGACUGCCGGAAAAAACAACCGGAUGAGGGAGGUCUGUGAGAUCUGCGGAGGAGGAAAA